AUGUCUCAGGCACCUAGGAUGUACUCCCUUCUCCUGGUCCUCUUUCUGAGCCGUGGAGGUGCGGGUCAGAGAGACACAAGCUCCAGGCAGGAUUUGCAUCCAUUGUUGCAGAAAAUGGCGGAAGAAAUAAUAGAGGGAAGCUAUCUGAAUGCAUUACUGGAUCUCAUACACUUUGAAAGCUCCCAUGUGUGGACUGAGGACCUGUCCCACGGAGUCCUUGCCUAUCUCAACUCACGGAAUGUGGCCUUCACCAUCCCCAGCCUGCAGGCAGUCAUGGAAACCCACCUGGAACAGUACCUGUACCAGCCCCAGAAGCUGCUGGAGGACCUGAGGGACACCGAUGCCCAGCAGUUCCGCACUGCCAUGAAAUGCCUUUUGGAAGACAAGUGGGACCGCCUGGACCUGAAGGACACUGUCAUCCGCUUGGGGGACAUUCGGGAAGAGGCCCUUCAGAGCCCUGGUGUGAACCGCAGCCUGUUGCUCAUCAUACUGGAGCGGUGUUUCCAGGUGUCGAACCCCUUGGAGUGUGUGGAGGUCCUGGGCAGGGUGCUCAGAGGGUCCCCGGACAGCUUUCUGCAGCCGGACCUCACAGCCAGGCUUCCCCAGGACCUGCGCGAGGAUGCCUUUAAGAACCUAUCUGCAGUGUUCAAAGACCUCUACGACCAAACCUCAGCCCACACCCAGAGAGCUCUCUACAACUGGAUGGCCCGGAUCCUGAGGACACCCUUCAACGUCACUGAUGGCUCAGUUUCAUGGGUCAGUGCAGAAAAAUUAUGGAUUUUGGGCAGAUACAUGGUUCACCUGUCAUUUGAAGAAAUUAUGGAAAUUAGUCCUAUAGAAAUUGGGCUGUUUAUCAGCUAUGACAACGCCACCAAGCAGCUGGACAUGGUGUAUGAUGUCACCCCUGAGCUGGCCCAGGCAUUCCUGGAGAGGAUCCGCUACUCCAGCUUUGACAUGAGGAAUGUAUCCACCAUCCACAGGUUGGGGCUGCUGGUCUGUUUCUAUGACGAUCUGGAGCUUCUGGACGCCACCCUGGCCCAGGUCCUUCUCCACCAGAUGCUCAAGUGCAGCCGCCUCCAGGGUUUCCAGGCUGGUAUCCAGAAGCUCAAGGCCAACCUCCUGAACAUUGCCACAGUGAACCAGACCCUCAACGAGACCCUAGGCUCUCUGUCAGAUGCAGUUGUGGGUCUGACCAGCAGUCAGCUGGAAUCCCUCUCUCCUGACGCGGUACACAGCGCCAUCUCUACCCUCAACCAGGUUACAGGCUGGAGCAGAAGCCAGAUUGUCGUGUUGUCUGCCAAAUACCUGGCCCAAGAAAAGGUGCUGUCCUUCUACAAUGUCAGCCAGAUGGGUGUGCUGCUGUCAGGAGUGAGCACACAAGCCUUCUACAGCAUGGACCACAAGGAUCUCUGGCAGGUGUUGAGAAGCCCUGUUUCCCAGUACAUGUCUGAUUUGUCACCUGUCCAGCAGCAAGGUGUCCUCAGCAAGCUGAUGGAAACAGAAGAUGCUGCCUCGGGUGUUGCAGAGAUACCAAGAGCUCUCUUUAAGGAGGUCUCUCUCUACGAUUUAUGGAAAGAAUCCCGAUUCAAUGCCACAGUCCUGAAGGAAAAGGAGCUCCGAAGGAGCCAGGCCUUGUUCCUGUAUGAACUUCUGGAAAAGACCACAGGACGGCCCGAGGAGCUCCUGAGGGCUGGACAGCUGGUGAAAGGCAUGCAGUGCUCACACAUUGAUGCCAUGAGUGCCCGUGUCUUCCUGGCCCACUUCCAGUACUUUGAGAACAACUUCUCCCUGCUCUCACCAGAUCAGGUCAAUUGCUUGGCAUGGAAAUACUGGGAAGUUUCAAGGUCCUCCAUGCCUCCAUUCCUUUUGGCCACCCUUCCGUCCCGCUUCCUGACAUCAAUUUCCCCCUCUCGCUGUGUACGUUUUCUCAUCAGCCUGGGAAAGAGACACUUGGACACCUUGGUUUUAGAUCCCCACAAAAGGAGUCUGGUCAUCAGGAAGGUGCAACAGUGUCUGGAUGGUGUCAUUGCUGAUGAGUACACCGUGGACAUUGUAGGUAACCUCCUGUGCCACCUGCCAGCCACCUUCAUUGAGACAGGGAUCUCACGUAGAGCCUGGGCUACCGCUCUGCAUGGCCUCAGAGGCUGCGCAGCUCUCGGCUCUGAGCAGAAGGCUGCCGUGAGGUCCAGGCUCCUGGAGCAGUGGGGACCUCUUCAGAACUGGACAGCAGAGACGACAAAGGACUUGGCACCUUUCUUAACAUUUUUUUCAGGAGACGAGCUGCGCACUAUUGCCACAAAGUUUCCUGGUAUCCUUCAGCAAACAGCUUCCAAGAUGGUAGGGAUGUUGCUCCCCAAAGAAUUCCUCUGGGCUGUCUUUGAGUCUGUUCGGAACAGCAGUAACGAGAGCCCCAGUUUUGACUCCCCCUUUGGUUGCCAUGGAGUUGUGGCUCCCUCUUCAGAUGAUAUCUUCAAGUUGGCCGAAGCCAAUGCCUGCUGGGACCCUGAGGUCCUUCUCUGCAUGGAGGAGGACACUUUCGUUAGGAAUGUGGAAUUGCUGGGAGCUGUGAAGGGUUUCAGCUGGCCUCAGCUGAGGGCCCUGAAGGAGAAGGCAAUCCAGGUUUGGGACUUGCCCUCCCACUGGAAGGAACACUACAUUGUCUCCCUGGGGCACAUUGCUUUGGCUCUUAAUGAGAGUGAGUUGGAGCAGUUGGACCUCAGCUCCUUAGACACUGUAGCAUCCCUGGGCCAGCAGACAGAAUGGACCCCAGGACAGGCUAAAUCCAUUUUGCAGUCAUUCCUUGAAGAUUCAGGCUACCGUAUCCAGGAUCUGAAAAGCUUCCAUUUGGUUGGGCUUGGCCCUAUUCUAUGUGCCAUGGACACCACUGAAAUACCACUCAUAAAGACAUCAGAAUUCAGGGCAGUGGUAGCCAGAAUUGGGACACUGCUCUGCAGCAGCCCUGUCUUGGCUGGGUUUAAGAAGAAAGCGGAAGUUGUAUUUGGGAGACCCACAGAGUGGACCAGCUCUGUCUUGCAGGAGCUUGGGACCAUUGCAGCUGGAUUAACUAAGGCAGAGCUCCGAAUGCUAAACAAGGAACUAAUGCCACAUUUCCAGCCGUCAGCCAUAAGAUGCCUGCCCGGUGAGACAUUCAAAGAGCUGUCCAAGGAGCAGAUCGCUUCCUUGGGUCCUGAGAAUGCUGCCUCGGUGACCCACUCCCAGCGCCUGCAGCUCAGCCCGGCACAGCUGCAGAGCCUCCAGAGGGCACUAGAUGGCGCCAAGACUCACUCCUGGCAGAAUGAGGCUGUGAGUGCCAGCCCUACCUGGCCAGCCUCCACCGCGUCUCCAACAGGAGAGUCCACCUCCCAGGCUCUUUGGCUUGGCUCUCCUCUGCUGCUUCUGAUGACCAAGCCCCUAUGCUGA